AUGUCAGAUUUUGAUUCCGGCUCAAAACCCAAAAACUCGGAGUAUGCCCUUUCUUCUAGUGAAAAGUCUGCACAUGAUGUGUUUUAUGUAAGUAACUUCUAAAACAGGUUUCAAAUUUUUUUUUUAAAUUGUCAAGAUUUUUUAUUUUCAGUUAAAAAAAUUAUGACCUAUUUUUUAAUAUACUUUCACAAAUAAUAAAAUUGGGUUCUCAGUUCCAAAAAUAAUAUAUUGCUUUAUCCGUUUGAUCAGCCCAAUAAAAAUAAAACACUUUCAUUUCUUGAUAAAUCAAUUAAAGUUGUUCAUUUUUUUUUUCUUAAAAUGCUUAUGUUUAAUUAUAGUAGAAGACUGAAAGAAAUUGACUGAGACCCAUGAGAGAGAAAAAUAAUUUUAUAAGGUUGGAUGAGAUGAGUAAUGAAUUCUUUUUUAAUUGUAAUUAAUCAAUUAAUCAAAUACAUUAACUUAAUAUGAAAUAUUUUUUUUAAACUUUAGAACAUAGGCCUCAACACACUUACAGAUGUGACACUGACCGCUCCCCAAACAUACCCAAGUUAUCAGUUAGGUAAAAAAUAAAAAAAUAUUAAACCCAUCAGCCUAUCAUUAUUUUAUAUAUUUUUCAUCAAAUGUAAACAUUGAUACCAAAAUAUUUUAUAUAUUUAAAUACACCCAACCUAAAAUAGUAUUGUCUAAGUAAAAUUUAUUGUUAUCAAUCAUCAUUUAGAAGCACAAAUGACUUGAAAAAACAUAACAAGUCAACAUCCUGAGAAAAAAUCUAUACCUUUUUAAGCAGUACAAUCUCAUCACAAAAGAAAGCAAAGCCAUGAGACACGCUAUUAUUAUCUAUAAUUAUUAUUAAAUAAAAACAUACAUAAUAGGAGCAAAUGGGUGGAGCAUUUCAUUGUAUACAAGUGAAGUAGUUUUGUCUUAAAUGACACAUUUAUUAUAGCCAGCAAUUCUGGCUUAUUUCCGGGGUUAUAAUAAUAGGAAGUCCAUUGCACAUGUGAGAGGAGAACCAGCAUCGAUUUAUGGGGACUCUCAGAUGUGUGGCAAGGGCUGGCUUGUAGGCUUUAGAACAUAGUGUUGACCACCUUGUUUAUUGCAGUGUCAUUUAUUAGCAAUCUUCCUUGCAAAUUGCUUACAUUCUAUUUAGGGAAUGUGGUAAAAAUUUAAAACAGCUCUGACUUAAGUAAUAUUUUGUUGAAAAUGAAAAAAUACAAAAUAUUAGUUACACAUUAUUUCACAAAGCACAUUGUUUUGUAGUUAGUGACUUCACAACAUGGAUCAGCUACAAAGCAUAAAAGUGUAACGACACUACUCAAUAAAACAAUGUGGCGUGUGAAACAAGGCAUAAUUAACAUUUUUUACUUUGUUAUUUUCAUCAUAUUUGCCUUCAUGUUGAAGUUAAAUCUUUUAACAGUCCCAAAAUUGAAAUAUUUCAGAGUUGCUUCCUAAUCUCAUCCCGGUUUUUAAAGAAAUUAAAAAUGCCAGUUCAUAAUUCUAUUAGAUUUUUUGUGGAGAAAAGUUUUUGUAAUAAGACAAUAUUAAUAUAUUUAAACAAUCUACAAAUUUAAUUGAAAAUUUAACAAACCUAACUAUUCAGGACUAAGGGGCAAGAUGGCUCAUGAAAACUUUUGGGUUGGACAGAGAUCAGGCAUGUGACAAACUGCAAUUGCCUUUGAUCAUGUGCAUCCAAUGCCUUUUUCUGAUGAGUAUUGUUUGGACAUGUCUGAACAGCUUCAAGAUGUUGAAAGUUUCAGCAAUGUCUCCCCAGAAGCUUGGCUUUGGAAGAGAACUGAGAUUGGUUAUGCUGAAAGCAUUGAUACAAAGUUUUACCAGGAAACAAGCAGUGAUUUUUGUCUUUAGCACAAACCCAGAAAGAAUUUCUUCUUUUUUUACAAAUUUUGUGCAAAGAAAAGUGCAUGCAACAGUUUCAUCAUCUGCAAUCUGCGAAUGGUUCUAAAAUAUUUUAUCUCAGAAAAUCUUUAAGGUAUUUGCAAUUGAAUAAUUUAUUGAUGAAAUCCCAAAUGCAGGAAAUUCAUUAAACAUUAUGAGUGGCAUAAUUUAGAAACUUUGACAAACAAAAUAGGAAAGAGAAUGCAUCUUUUUUAAAAAAAAUAUUUCCUAUGGAGAAAGAGUUUCAACAAAUUAAGCUCAAAUUCAUAUAAAUAUACAAUAUGAAUGUAAAAAUAACACUUUCAGCUGUUAAUGACAAACCAUAAUACUUUCAUUAUUGAUUGUUUCAAGUACAUUUGCUUUAACUAUACUUUUGUGCGUGUAUUUUCAAGGUAUCCUAUUUAAGCAAUUAAAUAAAUCAAUGACAUGUUUCUAUUUCUAAUAUAUCUUUCUCACUUUAAAUAUUUAUUGAUUUUUUUGUUGUUAUGUAAAUUGCCAAAUAUUUUAUUAUAGACGGAUUAAAAUAUAAUUAUCUAUAGCAACAUUUUGGAUAUCUCUUAUGCUACCUCCACAUAUAGUCUUUUUAAAACUAGCUUCUGACUAUAAUAAUGUAGGGUAGUGCAAUUUAUAUGUGCUUCAACCUGCACUAUAAUGAAAAUUAGAAGAAGAAAAAAUUCAAUUAUUACAGAUAAAAGGUGUUAAAAAUUGUUUAUGCAAUACAGCAUAUAUUUUUUUUUUUUUGCUUGCCCAGAAUGUUUGCAAAGCCAUGCAUGUAAAUGCAAAUUUUUCAAAUUAGUGAAAUGUGCUACGCAACAUGUAAAGCAUUUUUCAAUUAAUAUCAGACUUAAAAUUACCAACCCUAAAUACAUUUUUCCAUCUACAAUAUCAAAGAAUCUAUUGGGAAAAUUCCUCUGAUGGCAAUCUAGUUUAUUCUCAUACUUACUAAUAACUAAAUUACUAAUUAGAGUUAAUUUUUUUUCUCCAUUAGAUCUAAGUGCUAAUUCAUAUCAUUCACUUGCUUUAUUGGGAACUCAAAUUUCAGCACCCCUUGCUUUAUUGGGAGGAAUGUCACCACCCAUGGAAAUGGGCUUUGAAGCUAAAUCUAUAAUUAUCAGCCAUUCUGAAUUAGAUAGUCAAUCAGCACCCUUGAUGGAAGUCAGCCAAGUGAGGAAAUUCUUUCCAGAGGCAUGGUUGUGGGUGACUGCUUCCUUGGGGUAAAGUAUUUUUAGGUCCAUUAUCUUAGUAUUACAGGCAUUCUUGUAUAUGCAUUGGUUGAUAUAUUUUAUACAUUGAAAAUUGGAGGGAGACAAUUAAACAAUCUAAAAUGUGUAUUUUAACUUUUAACAUAAAUUUUAAGAAAUGAUGGUGGUUAAUUUUUUUAUUAUUUUUUGAGUGGGGUGGAUGGCUGAAGGGAGGACUGAUAAAAGUUGUUAAAUAUCAAAUUAAUUUUGAAAUUGAAUGCCAUUGUUAAAUAUAGAAUUAUAAAUAUUCCUGUGUUUCAAUUUAGAAAUAAUAUUUAGGGGACCCACUUAGUAAAAAAAUGUGUCACAAAAUAAUAAAUUCAUUCACAUAGACAUAUCAGGAUUAAGCUAUUCACCCCACAUUUGAAUUCAAUAAUGCCUGAUUAGGAAUAGAAUUAUAAGACAAGUCAUCCUAGUCUCAGAUUGAUAUGAAUAAUUUUUCCUUAAAUAAAUAUUUAAGAGCCUGUAGUUUACUGUAUUCUUUCCAUUCAUCCACUAAGCUCAACAUAAAAAUUAAAAACCAUGCUUCUAAUAUGCUUAUAAAUUUUAUAAAGAUAAAUUAUAAUAUUUGAAAUUAUUUUCUAUUAUUUGAUUUCUUUGCUUGCUUAGCAUUCAUUUACCUAUGUAAAAAUAUUGAAUGUUAAUUGUUCUUUGCAUGAUAUUUACAAUGCAUGCCUGAAUGUUUUAAAUUUUAUGUUUAAAUAAUUGCAAUGGACUGUGUUUAGAUUAAUUUAAUUAAAGAAAGCUAUUUCAUUCAUUUUAGAAAAACAUCUUGGAACUUAGAAAAAUGUACUUUUACAGUCAAUCUCCUUAAUUAGUAAUAUGUGACUUAUUUUAAAAAUAUAUUAUUGGUUAAUUAUCUUUAAAAAAUUUAGGCGUCACCCAUGUUGAGAAUGAACAGUGAAAGUUUACUCAUUUGAAUAUGAAAUGCCCUAUUAAAAGCAAAAUUGUAACUUAAUUAAACAUACCAAAUUGAUGCUUUAAGAAGUAACAUUAUAAUGCUUUUGAAAGGUUAAAUUAAUUUAAAAUGAUCUCCAACAAUUUUAAAUAAAUAUGUUUAUUUUGUAAUUUGAAUCAUCUUCACCACAGCCCUGAUGGCAAGGCUAUUCUCAAGACAACUGCUCCAGACACUAUUACGUCCUGGGUGGCCAGUGC